AUGUCCAACGUCACCCAAGGAGUCAAGGAAUUCUUCAGCGGUUCCACCAAGCCCGAGACUACCGAAGUCUGCACCGAAUCCGCCCCCGAGGUUGUGCAAGAACAUGUCCGUCCUCAGGAGCACGUCAAGACUGCCGACGCUAUCGACCGUGAGAGACAUGUCCACCACCACCAACACCGCGUUCAACCCGUCGCCGACUCCCAAACCCUCCCCGAGAAACACAUCCACUCCACUGCCCCCAUCGUGCACACCGAACACACGGAAGACAUGCUGCCCGAGCACCAACAGACUUUGCAGCAGCAGCGUGGGUUGCACCAGAGCCAAAAGACGGAGGGUGGUGUGGAGAGGAGUGGGGAGCAUGUGGGUGUUGCGGUGAAUGAGCAUGCGCACCAUCAUAUUCAUGAGACUAUCCAACCCGUCAUCCAACGCGAGACUGUCGCCCCCACCGUCGUCCACAAAACCAACGCCGUCCACGAGACCGUCAAGGAAGCGCCCAUCGUCCACGAAGUCACCACCCUCCCCACCGUCUCUGCGGCCGAGUAUGCGCAGACGAGGGAAGAGCCGGGGCAGGGGGUUUGUAGGACGUAUGAGGGGGGACCUGCUGUGGCUGGGUCUGGGGCUGGGGCGGCCGGCGCUGGGACUCACGGUUUAGGCAAGACUGGUACUGGUAUCGGCCACUCUUCCCAAUCUGGGACUACUGGGACUACCGGCACUGGUAUCGGCCACUCUUCCCACUCUGGGACUACCGGCACUGGUAUCGGCCACUCUUCCCACUCUCCCCACUCUUCAUCAACGACCCCUGGUUUGAACACCACCUCCGGCACUACCGGUACCACCGGCACCGGCACUGGCAAGAGCCACAGCAAGACUGAGGCUGCCGCUGCUGGUGUUGCCGCGCACGAGGCCAAGAAGGCGCUCUAA